UUCUUCAAAAUCCAGCUUCUUCAUCUAAAUCCUCUCUAACUCUCUUCACUUGCAACUUGCACCCAGUAGUGGUCUCUGAUUUGCAGACCUCUGGUGGAUGCUGUUGCAUUUCUUCAGCUGAUAAUAAUUGUGUUCAUCUCUAGUUUUGGGAGAUGUCAGCCCUUCUUAGCAAAAGCCUACGCCUAUCUUCAACCUUGAAGAUCGACGAAGAGGCCAUGGUUACAAAGACUCAAGGUAUCGGAUCCAUUCUUGGGUCUGAUUCUGAAAGAAGUAAAUCUUGUUCACUGAGAAGGACGCUUUCAGCUGAUAUGUCAUCCACCAAAUGGCUUACACAACAUGGGUUCUCUCCCAUGAAAAAGAUUGCAUCGUCUAAAGAGUUCUCAAUCUCUUCUAUCAUUGACUCUUCAUCAUCAGAAGGAGAAGAAGAGGACACUGAGACUGAGCAACAAAGCCAAUUGGAUUUUUGGAGCUCAAUUCAAGAAGAGGUGUAUGAGAAAAAAGAGGUUGAUGAAAAGCCUGGCCAAUUCGACAUAUGGAGUUCAAUCAUAUCACAAAAAGCUCAAGAUGCCUCCAACAAAUCACUUCCACCUCCUUAUGUUCACCCUCUUGUCAAAAGAUCAGCCAGUUCUUUAAGCGAAAAGAGCCUUGAAAUUUGCACCGAGAGUCUUGGAUCCGAAACCGGCUCUGAUGGGUUCUCUUCUUACCCAUCAUCAGAGACUGGUGACACCGACGACGACAAAGAGAUGGACCAAGAACAACCUCUGCAACAACCACAAGAAGAAGAAGAAGAAGAAGAAAGAAUGACACAGAAUUUUGAUGUUAAAGAAGUGCUAGUUCCCAAGUUCAAUUACGUUGUUGGCAAAAAAUCAACCGAACGAUCAUUUCCUCCCCCAAUUUCUUCUCUUUCUCGCCACGAUGGAGCAUCCAUUCGCAUGCAGUCUCGUCGCGACAAUGGUAGACUGGUUCUUGAAGCUGUUUCUGUUCCUUCCACUAACAACUUCCGCGCUCAACGACAUGAUGGCCGUCUUGUGCUCACUUUUGUCAACACUAAUGAAAUGGAAGAUAAGUUUGAAGAAGAAGAAGAAGAAGAAGAGGAGGACGAGGAGACAGAGGAAGAAGAGGUGGAGGAAAGUGAGAAUGAAAGCAGAGGAGGAGAAAUGGAGAUUGAAUUUGUGAUGGAUCAGGAAGCGCCAAAAUUGUCCAAUAAGGUGCUUAAUGUGCACAGGUUGACACUAGUCAUGAAUAAGCAAAUGAGUUUAGCCAAAACAAACCCACAGUGGCCGAACAAGUUCAAUGAAGUGGUCAAAUUUGAUGAGGUAGAGGAUAUGAAGCCAUCAAUACUAGCACAGUCACUGCCAACGCCGGCAAGUAUGGCUCGCCUGAUUCCAAAACCACCGGCAGCAGCGGCUGCAACAGUGAGGGCGACCGCUGGGGCUACAUUCAAUGCUUAUGAGUACUACUGGAGGCCCAAGCCCAUGGAAGCUGGGCCUGGGGUAGUUUCCAAACAAAUGAUGAAUCAACAAUUACAGGAAAACAGCAAGUUUAUUCUCUCCAAGAGUAAAAGCUCACCGGAAAAUGAGCAGCGAAAGGUACUUCUCUUGAGUGGAAAAAAGGGAGAUUAUCUGGUUCCUUUCACAAAGGGCUGCAAGGAGCCAAGAAGAUCUCUUUUGUUUUGGGAACCUUAUUGCAUUGCAACAUCCUGAUGAUAAAAAAAACAUCCCUGUCUAGUUAUGUUAGCCAAAUCCAAAUCCAAGUCUAUCAUCAUUGUUGUUAUUGUUAUACUUACCUUAAUUUCUCUCUCUAUUUUCCUCAAGAGUCAGUGUAAUCAAAUAAAAGAACCCAGAAGGGAGAGAACACUUUGAUUUAGAAGAUCAAAGAGAAAAGACAUAUCAUGACUUAACAGUGUUAUAUUUAUAUAUAAAAUAUAUUAUGUUUAUAUAUAAUUCUAUAUUUUUCUGGUUCGUACCCAAACAAAAUCUUGGCAUCAUCUUUGACUUCUUGUUUGAUCCUUGUUUCUUUUAUAAUUUUUACUUUUGCAAAUCUUAGCCAAUGGAGGUUGGUUAUGAGUCAUGUCUGGCCUAACUUGUAUAUAUAUUUUGGGAGACAUCAUGAUCUAAUCGUGAUA